AUGGAACUUUUCCACCGCGAUCCGCAGCAUUGGCGGGAAAUCAUGCUGCGGGAGCGGCACCACGAGGACGAGUUGUCGAUCGUCUUGGGAUUGGAUUUCGGCGGGACGGGAAUCAAGGGAGCGCCUGUUGACGUGGCGACGGGCACGCUGCUGCUGGAGCGAUACCGAAUCCCCACGCCCAAUCCCGCGACGCCUCAGGCCGUCGCUGGCGUCAUCAGGCAGAUCAAGGAGCACUUUCGAUGGGAUGGGCCAAUCGGGAUUGGCGUUCCGUCUGUCGUCCGACGAGGCAUCGUCCGCAGUGCUGCCAAUAUCGACAAGUCAUGGAUCAACAUCAACGCCGUUGAUCUCGUCCAACGCGCCACAGGCUGCCAGGUGGCAGCAAUCAACGACGCAGAUGCAGCAGGAUUCGCCGAGAUGAGGUUCGGCGCCGGCCGGCCCUUGCAGCGGGAAGGCACGGUCCUGAUGACCACGUUCGGCACGGGGAUAGGCACGGCGCUGUUCGUGGGCGGGCAUCUGGUGCCGAACCUGGAGAUGGGGCACAUAGAGGUGAACGGGGAGAUUGCCGAGAAGGUGGCGUCUGGAGCAGUGAAAGAGAAGACGGAUAUGAGCUGGAAGAAGUGGGCUGGGCGGGUGAACGAAUACCUGGCUCGCAUGGAGCAUUACCUCCAGCCUGAUCUAAUAGUGAUUGGUGGAGGCAUCAGCAAGAAAGAUGAGAAGUUCCUGCAUCUGCUGUCAGUGCCAGGGGGAACGCCCAUAGUGGCAGCAGAGAUGCGCAACGAGGCGGGCAUCGUGGGGGCAGCUGUGGGCGGGUCCAUUCUGCUGGGGGAGCAACGGGCUUCCAGGGAAGCUGCCCGGAUUACACCCACUCUGCUCAGCUGA